UCUUAUUCAUAUACGCGUCGUUGCACGAGUCUAACUUGGUUUUUCUUGGUUAUCCUUGUCUGCUUGUUCCUUGCUUGGUUUUCUUGUCUACAUGGGCUAUGCUUGUAUCGGGAAUGAAUCCAUCUUGAAUACCCAUUGGCUGACUCCUGCGAUCUUAAUGUGUAAUCCCUAUGGGAUCUGUGAUGGCUUUUCUUUUUCUUUCAAUUCGAUUAUUUUAUCUCUUCUACAGCCUCAUUCCAGUUCACGUAUCAUCCUUUGUGUCAUGCUUUGUCAUGAAGCAGCCAUUGAACUUUUGCGGGAGAAGAAAUCUUUUCGGAGAAGUGAGAGGGGUGUGAGAUUAUUGAUAAGAUUUUAUAUUAUGAAAGCUAAUUCGUCUCAAGUUUUUAAUGAUGUCACAUGUCUCGUUUACGGGUUUACUGCUGACAAUUACGGUUAGCAUGGAUAAGAAAGCAGCUCUUUUUUCCCGGAAAUUAAAUGUUAAAGGUAUUUAAAAGUUUGAAUUGUUUUCUGCGACCACUUUCAGCACUUUG